AGUAGGUAACAUAUGAAAUGAAUGAAUCUCCGCAUCUGCAUACCCCGCACAAGAGAGAGAUACAAGAAGGAAGUUGCAAGAUGUGAAGAUGUGACGGUGAACUCUUUCCACUUCACGAUUGAAAUCACCAAAAUACCAAGUACUCAUUCCACCGAGUAUUCGACGAUUCAUUAACAAACAGCACUUCAAAAUGUCAUCGGCUGUAAAAGGGCAAUCUCCGCCAAGAGAUGGCAAUUGGCAUGGUCGGAUUGAAGUAGGAGGACAAUUCCCUCCCGAAAAGGAUAGAUACCACUUAUACAUUGGUAAUCAUUCCUCAAAUCAUAGCUGCCAACUGUUCUAACAAGUGUUUGCUCAAAUAGGACUCUUCUGCCCAUUUGCCCACCGAGUCAAUCUAAUUCGGCAUCUCAAAGGCCUCACUUCCAUUCUCCCAAUAUCCAUCGUGAAACCCUAUCCUAAAGGCGAUGACAAAGGCUGGCCUGGUUGGAAAUUCGCAACAGAAAAGGAUCCAUACCCUGGCGCAACUGAAGAUCAUCUCUUCCAGUCCGAAUACCUUCAUGAUAUAUACUUCCGGGCCCAGAAAGAUUAUGAGGGGAGAUUCACAGUACCCGUUUUAUGGGACAAAAAGACAAGUCAGAUCGUUUGCAAUGAGAGCUUGGAGAUCCUGCGGAAUCUGAAUACUGGAUUUGACAGCCUAUUGGAUGAUGAAUACAAGAAAUCGGAUUUCUAUCCUGAAAAUUCGGCCAAGGAAAUCGACGAAAUUGGAGAAUGGAUGCAACGAGAUAUCAACACUGGAGUGUACAAGACUGGCUUUGCGCCGGAUCAAGAAACAUAUGACAGAAAUGUUGUGCCACUAUUCAGAGCCCUCAAUCAAAUCGAGGAGAUCAUCAAGAAAAAUUGAGGUCCAUAUGUGUUGGGUUCAAAAAUUUCAGAGUUGGACUUGAGGUUGUACCCAACAAUUUGUCGCUUCGAUGCCGUAUAUGUGCAACAUUUCAAAUGUAACCUUGGAACCAUUCGCCAUGAUUAUCCGGUGUUGAAUGCUUGGUUGAAGCAUUUGUAUUGGGGGAUAAAGGGAUUCAAGGAAACAACGGAUUUCAAACAUAUCAAGGAGAAUGUAAGAAGUCCAUAACGUCUAGGAUGAUUCGAGUCUAACGAUAGUCAGUACACGAAGAGCCAUCCGAAUAUUAAUCCAAAGUCCAUUACACCAAUGGGUCCUAUUCCUAAUGUCGAGAGUGGUGUGGAGCAUGAUUGGAGCAAUUUGGUAGCAGGUAGGGUCGAAGUAAAUUGAAAGCUGAAUUGGUUGGUUUAGUAUCGUCAUGUAGGUCCCCAAGAAUCCAUUCCUACCAGGAAAUCUACAAAUAGCCAUCUAGUAGUGAUGCAGUCUCGUUUGGGCUUUAAAGUAAAGAACCCUUCAGUGAUUGAAGAAUGCCUGCGCAUUAUUGGUGUUGGGAACACUAUUGUUCUACAUUUGUCACAAUGUGGUUGCUAUCAGUAUUGCUUGCCGCUAACUUGACUGAGAUGUCAAGUGUUUGUCCGCCGAUUAACAAGUGGACGUCACUAGAACCUACCUAUCUCAACUAGAUUCCGGUCAGCCGUUUUUGGUUUCCGGAUUUCUACUUCUUACUGCCUAUGAUCAAUAAGUGAGUGAUAUUUGUUCUAUCUCAAAGCAAGCAGCAAUGCUCCAAAGUUGGUUGAGUGAUCCGAGUGAUGCAACCGUCAUGAGGACAGUAUCUAUUGG